CAAUGCGGUGUUCUCAUCCUUUCUGAAUCAAUCAGUCGAAGAAUUCUUUCAUCUUUUUUCUUCAUAUACGUCUUGCCCUCAACAAAUUAUCCUUUCGAGUACUCUGAUUUUCAUCGUCAUCUUUCCAAUUUGUUCUUCAGUUGAAUUUGAGUUUCGUCGAUUAAUCAAUCGCAUUCGCUCCAAAAAUUUGUCGGAAAAUGAAGGAAACUGCUGGAAAUCCUCUGCACCUCAAGUCGUUGAAUCACAUCUCGCUCGUAUGCCGCUCCAUUGAAGAAUCCAUCAAUUUCUAUACUAAUGUUCUCGGAUUUAUCCCGAUCAGAAGGCCUGGAUCGUUUGAUUUCGAUGGUGCAUGGCUGUUUAACUACGGAAUUGGGAUUCAUUUAUUGCAAUCCGAACACCCUGAUAACAUGCCGAAGAAAACCGAAAUAAAUCCCAAAGAUAAUCAUAUUUCCUUCCAGUGUGAGAGCAUGGGAGCAGUGGAGAAGAAGCUGAAGGAGAUGGAAAUCGUUUACAAGAGACAGAGGGUGGAGGAAGGUGGAAUCUACGUGGAUCAGUUAUUCUUCCAUGAUCCAGAUGGAUUCAUGGUCGAAAUUUGCAACUGUGAUAAUCUUCCGGUGAUCUCUCUUGCCGGAGAAAUGAUCCGAUCAUGCUCCCGGAUUAACUUAGAUAUCAUUUCGCAGCAACAAACUCCAAACAUGUGUUCAGCUGUAACUCAGUGAAUCCCAUAAAUGGUCUCUGCUCUGUUGUUGUAGUAAUGCUUUGUAAUUUCUACGUUCUAUUUAAUGGUUUAUACUUUAUAGUUCUAUCAAAUAUCAAUGGUGCUAUCUUUCUGAUUUCAGUUUGUGUUCUGAUUUAUAUGCUUUAAUUUCUAUGG